UGUCGGAGUUGUAUUUAUAUUUUGAGAUGUGUCAUUGUAUAAUAUAUUUAUAAUUUGAGCUUUUACAAUCAGCCAUUACCACAUUAGUAUAAGCACGAGGGUUCUCACCCAUGAGCUCUGAAUAUUACAUGCCCAGAACAGAAGAGAUAAAACAUGAACAAAAGCAAAAGGGAGUUAUGACACCUCCGUAGGAAACCUUUUUCAGAAGUAUUUAAAUUCACUCUUGCUCUUUCUUUUUGAGUAACUUGAUUAGACAUACAGCACGGUUGUUAUGUAUAUUGAUCUAUCCUUUCUGGGGCUUUCAAGUAGAAGUAACAGCCCAUGUUCUUGUUACUAGCUACAUGGUCAAUGUUCAACAGUCUCCUGAGAAACGAAAGAAUACCCUCGCUGUGUAUACGUAUCAUGAAGUGCUGUUCACAUGCCACGGUGUAGUUCCUGCUGUCUGUGAGCAUGUUAGGCCGAUAAAGGAAUUGGAAUGGGGGGGUUCGACCCAGCUGAGUUGAUUGCGGGUCUCUGUGGUACAGACGCCGGGGACCCGUUCCCCGUUUGGCAGAACGGAACCAUCGUGCCCUGCUUCAACCAGCUGGUUUUGGGUGUCUUGCCCCACAGUGGCCUAGCGGUCUGCAGCGCCUUCUACCUGAGCAUCCCACGACGCAGACCCAUCCUUCAGUAUGGCUGGACCCUCAGGCUUGUCUCGACUCUGCUGUUGGUCCUCCUCUUCACUGUGGACCUGGUGCUGGCGGGCCUCCAACGCCAGGUCCACCUGUCCCUGGACUGCCUGGCCGACGGCUGUGCCCUCCUGGCCUGGCUUCUCCACCUCGCUGCCUCCCUGGCUCUCCAGGUGUCCGCGGCGUGGAGCCACAGACGGGGCCCCACGCUGCUGGUUCUGCUGGUUCUCCUCUCUGUUCCGAACCUGGUGUUCACCCUGGUGGCGGGCGCCAGCACCGCUCUGGACCCUACCCGGUCGCUCAGACUGACCCGCUUCAUUCUGGCCGCGGCCCGGACGCUCCCUCUGGCUGCGUACCUCCUAGCGUGGGCCUUCCCGUGCGUCUACAGCGGCGCCGCUUAUGAGUUACAGAUCGACAGCGGCGUCGAUGACGGUGGCGCGCUGGAGAGCGCCCCCCCCGAUACGGGCGCCAUGGUGGCGGAGGACGGCAGCGGCUGCUCCUCCCGCCUGUUCUAUCGCUGGCUGGACCCGCUGCUGGAGCGCGGCCGCCGCGGGCAGCUGGACGGGCUGGGCCACGUCUACCACCUGCCCCGGGCGCUCCGCACCGGCGUGGUCACGCGGCACUUCUCCAGGUGCUGGCAGGCCAGCCGGCGGGGGGCGUCAGCCGGGGUGAGAGGGGGAGGGGCACGAGGAGGGGAGUGGCCCCGACCCGUCAGCCGGCGCCUCCCGGCCGGCAGCCGGACCCCCCCUCAGGAGGAGGCGCUGCCGGAGCUGGGCGGGGACGUGCGUCUCUUGGGGGUGCUGCACCGGGCCUUCGGGUGGUGGUACUACGCCCUGGGCGCGCUGAAGCUGGUGGGGAACCUGCUGGGCUUCGCCGGCCCCCUGCUUCUCGGCCAGCUGGUGGGCUUCAUGGAGGACCCGGACGCCCCGCCGAGUCGGGGGGCUCUGGUCACCCUGGGGCUCUUCUCCAGCUCGCUGCUCUCUGCCUUCCUCAGGAACCUCUACGGCUUUCACGUGUCCAAGGUGGCGUUGUCGGCGCGCGCGGCCGUCGUCACGGCGAUCUACGGCAAGGCGCUGCGGGUGGGCAGGGUAGGGCUGGCGCGCUUCUCCCUCGGCGAGGUGGUCAACCUGAUGAGCACCGACACAGACCGCGUGGUCAACUUCUGCAAUAGCUUCCACGAGCUGUGGAGUCUGCCCGUGCAGUUCUCCAUCGCCCUCUACCUGCUGCACCUGCAGGUGGGCAUUGCCUUCCUGGGGGGGCUGGGCGUGGCCCUGCUCCUCGUCCCCCUAAACAAGCUGCUGGCCUCCCGUAUCCUGGACAACAACAAGCACAUGCUCCGGUACAAGGACAGCCGUGUCAAGCUGGUCACCGAGUUGCUGUUCGGUAUCCGCGUCAUCAAGUUCUACACCUGGGAGCCCCACUUUGCCCACAAGAUCUCAGACUGCCGCCAACGCGAGCUGUCUCACCUGAAGACCAUCAAGUACCUGGACGCGGUGUGUGUGUACACCUGGGCCGCGCUGCCUGUGGUCGUCUCCAUCCUCACCUUCCUCACCUACGUGCUGCUGGGACACCAGCUCACCGCCACCAAGGUGUUCACCACGCUGGCCCUGGUGGGCAUGCUCAUCCUGCCUCUGAACUGCUUCCCCUGGGUGCUCAAUGGGGUGCUGGAGGCCUACGUCUCCCUGGAGAGGAUCCAGCGCUUCCUUCAGCUGCCCAACCAGGACCUGCAGGCCUACUAUAGCCUGGCAGCCCCAGAGGACCAGCAGACGUCAGUUCUGCUGAGCGAGGGGUCCUUUUCCUGGCUGGGGCCUGGGGGGUCCGAUCCUCCUGGGCCUAGAAGAGAUGAGGGCUAUGGAGAGGGCAGCGGGAGCCUUCUGCUGCAUGCCUUGGACCUCAGCAUACCUAAGGGCUCUCUGGUUGUGGUCGUGGGGAGAGUGGGCUGUGGGAAGAGUUCCUUACUGGCAGCCAUUACUGGAGAACUGACCAGGCUGAGUGGGGCGGUCCACGUGGUGGGCCGGGAGGGCGGCUUCGGUCUGGCUACCCAGGAGCCCUGGAUCCAGCAUGCUACGGUGCGCGACAACAUCCUGUUUGGCAGGAAGUACGACUCUGUAUUCUACCAGGCGGUCGUGGAGGCCUGCGCACUCUCCGAUGACCUCAACGUGCUGCCCCAGGGAGACCGGACGGAGGUGGGCGAGAACGGAGUGACCCUCAGCGGGGGUCAGAAAGCACGCCUGGCGCUGGCCAGAGCCGUCUACAUGGAGAAGGACAUCUACCUGCUGGAUGACCCGCUGGCCGCCGUGGACGCCCAGGUGGCUCAGCACCUGAUGCAGAAAUGCAUCAUGGGAAUCCUGCGGGGAAAGACCAGAAUCCUUUGCACUCACCGCAUAGAGUUUGUGGAGCGGGCGGACCUGGUGGUCCUCAUGGACAACGGGACCAUCGUCAAGACAGGUACGCCAUCAGAAAUCCUGCCCCUGGUGGAGGCGGGUCCAAAACAGCACAGGAAUGACCGCAACGCUGAGCAGAAAGGUGGUGCUGAGGUGGAGCUGGCGGAGGGGGUUUCCAGUUUGGAGGUGGAGGAGAAGUUGGUGAUGGUGGAGGAGGACGAAGACCGGACGGGGGAGGAGCAUAAGGAGGCGGGGGGGCUGGCGUGGGCGGUGUACCGGGCGUACUGGCGGGCGGUGGGAGGAGCCCUGGCCGCAACCAUCCUGCUGUCCCUCCUCCUCAUGCAAGCCUCGAAGAACGUGUCUGACUGGUGGCUGUCGCACUGGAUAUCAGAGCUGAGGAACAACGGCUCCACAUGGAGCAAUGGUUCCGACACAGAGGCCUUCACCUCACCCCACCUGCUGCUCUUCUCUCCUGGGGGACUGACGGCCCCGCUGUGUUCCCCGACAGCCUCCCCCUUCUCCAACAUCAGCUCGGACGUGAAGUUCUACCUGACGGUGUACGCCUCCAUCGCCUCCGCCAACACCCUCUUCACGGCCGCACGGGCCUUCCUCUUCGCCUUCGGCGCCAUCCGCGCCGCCACCGUCGUCCACGACCGCCUGCUGGGCCGCGUCCUCCAGGCCACCAUGGGUUUCUUUGACGCCACCCCGACGGGGUGCGUCCUCAACCGCUUCUCCUCGGACGUGUCGGGCGUGGACGACGGCCUGCCCUUCGUGCUCAACAUCCUGCUGGCCAACGUGUUCAGCCUGGCGGGCACCCUGGCCGUCAUGGCCUGGAGCCUCCCCUGGGUGCUGGCCGCCCUGCUGCCCCUGGCCCUCCUCUACCACCGCACCCAGCGCUUCUACCGCCACUCGUCCCGCGAGCUCAAGCGCCUCAGCAGCGUCACGCUGUCGCCCCUCUACUCGCACUUCUCCGAGACGCUGAGCGGCCUGGCCACCAUCCGGGCUAGCCACGCCUCCGCCAGGUUUGAGGAGGAGAGCGUGAGGCGCCUGGACAACAACCAGCGCUGCUUGUUCCUAAGCAACGCCGCCAUGCAGUGGUUGGACAUCCGCCUGCAGUUGGUCGGGGUCGCCCUGGUUACCGGCAUCAGCACCAUCGCUGUCCUCCAGCACCGCUACGGCUCUGUAGACCCAGGUCUGGUGGGACUCUCUCUCUCCUACUCCCUCUCCAUCACCGGCCUGCUGUCUGGGCUGAUCUUCAGCUUCACCCAGACAGAGAUGCAGAUGGUGAGCGUGGAGCGGACGGAGGAGUACUCCACCUGCCUGCCCACCGAACCCCAGGACCACAACCCACAGGUCCCGGCGUCGUGGCCGGAGCGUGGCCAGCUGGAGUUCAACGGGGCGGUGUUGUGCUACGGGGAGGGUCUGACCAACGCCCUGGACGGGGUCACACUGCGGGUGCACCCUGGGGAGAAGGUGGGCGUUGUGGGGCGCACCGGCUCAGGCAAGUCCAGCCUGUUCCUGGCCGUGUUCCGCCUGGUGGAGCUGAACCAGGGGGCCAUCCUGCUGGACGGCCUGGACAUCAGCACCCUGGGCCUGGCCCAACUCAGGUCCAGGCUGGCCAUCAUACCCCAGGACCCCUUCCUGUUCAGCGGGAGUGUGAGGGAGAACCUGGACCCCUGCGGACGCCAUCCUGACCAAAGGCUGCUGGCCGCCGUGCAGGACUGUCACCUGGAGCAGCUGGUGUCCAGGAUGGGUGGUCUGGAUGCAGAGGUGGGGGACCAGGGCAGUCGUCUGUCCCUGGGCCAAAGGCAGCUGCUCUGUCUGGCCAGAGCUCUGCUGACCGAGGCCAACGUUCUGUGUAUAGAUGAGGCCACAGCCAGUGUAGACCAGCAGACAGACCGACUGCUGCAGGAGACCAUCAGAGACAAGUUCAGAGACAAGACGGUCCUGACCAUCGCACACAGGAUCAACACCAUCAUGGACUCAGACCGCGUGCUGGUGAUGCAUGCUGGGAAGGUGGUGGAGUUCGACGCCCCGGCUGCCUUGCUCCAGAACGACCAGUCUCUUUUCAGCAGGCUGGUUGGGGGGGCAGACGAGUGAGGAAGAGGAGGCAGGAGUGGUCCUGCCGAAGGACAUCGUUAUCUGACCAAUCACGGCGUCUGUGGUCCAAACUACUUCUGGCAGGCAAGCUAAGCCAACCAAUCAGUUUGCAGGUUUGAGUCCUCAGCUGGUUCCAAACAGUCUGAGCAAGAAGCAUAAUACAGAGCAACAUUUGAGAACAAUAAGAAAUGCAAACAUAAAUCCACUGUCCUUUUUCACAAUGAAAAACCAAGACUGGAGAGAGACUCUGAUCCGUUACAUCUAACAUCUACGCCUGAACACUACCUCAAGAAGAUGUGCUGCAGGUCUCCUGGCCGGGAGCAUCCACUGCGGUGGCACUGUCUGGUAUCGAGGCAACGCCUCAACACUUACUGAACAGGCCAGCUGCUCUAGAGAGAAGGAUUGACUGGUGUCUUGCUGUGCUUACCCUCUCCCAUAAGAGGGCUGUACAGGCCGACUGUCGGCCGUUCAAACAGUCUGGGCUCUGGGUUUUAUGUGUUCAAACGCAACUUCAAAUGAACGACUGGUUUUGUCAAAUACUGCAGAUCUGGAAUAUAGAUAGAGAUGUAUAUCUAUAAGAUAAAGGGAUAGUUGUCCCGGACACAGGGUCUUCUUUAUUGGGCACUCAACCUUCCAGACACUACACAACUAGCUUUAACACUAUUUUCAACCAACUAUUAAAAACAGGUUUGAAAUCAUA